AUGUCUCAGCAGAAGACGUCUUCGCUCAAGACUUGGUUUGACGAGCUUGAAGAAACAAACGGUGAUGACGAAUGCAAGGCCUGGUUCAGUAGAGUUUAUGACUUAAAGGCCGAACUGGCACAUUUUGUCGCUGGGCGCCGGGAAGGAGGGGGGACCGGAGAAUUUGUUGCUUUUCUCAAGGGAUCCUUCAACGUCAGCCUCCAUUUCAGCUUCGGCGAUGGACAGUCGGAUGUCAUUAUUCGGUUUCCGAAGCCCGGACACACAGCGACAGCUGACAAGGAGGAGAAGGUCGCGAACGAGGUCCAGAUAAUGAAGUACCUCCGCCAAAACACCAAUAUACCUAUCCCUCAUGUUCACAGCUGGGGCUUAACUGCCGACAGUCCACAGGACCUUGGUCUAUUCAUCAUUAUGGAUUAUGUCGAUGGUGCAUGGCACGUUGCCGGAAGGCCCUUGACGUACAACAUGAAUGAGUCGGUCUCUGUCGCCGGCUACCCCGAUACCCAAUUUCCGAAAGCGCCGUUUGACCGCGCAAGCGAUUAUUCGAGGCCAAUCGCAAAUGUGCAUUUGAUCCACCUUCAGACCCAGCGCAACCUUGCCGACGAUGCAGAAAUCGCUCAGCAGCGGUACAUUGCCCGUCAUCGAUUUGCACAGCUGGUCUCAAAAUACUACCCUGAGGAUUCUCCUGAGGACUACGGGCCAUUUAUACCCUUCUGCGAUGAUAUGCGACCCUCAAAUAUGCUCAUAGGCCCGGAAACACUCCAGAUCACCGCCAUCAUCGAUUUUGAAUACACCAAUGCCAUGCCAGCUAGGUUCACAUAUGACCCGCCGUGGUGGCUCUUGCUCUCUGGUCCAGAGAUGUGGCUCGAGCGCUGCGAGAUGGAAGAGUUUUUGUCUCUUUAUGAGCCUAGAAUGGAACAAUUCUUGCAAGCUUUGGAGCGAGUCGAAUUUGAAAAAACAUCAUUUGUCAGCCAAACUGGUGGGCCUUCUCUCUCUACCCGGAUCAUAUAUUGGGCUGCAUUACAUACCGAUGGCGCGGGUGUUGAACUGCUUAGUGAAGAGGCACAUGCAGAGAUGGAGGCAUUCACGCGGAUCAAAAUGGAGCAAUUGAAGGCAUACAAGGAGGACUGUGCUGCUCGUUUUUCCUCAACGUAA